UGAAGGAAAACCGGAAUACAAUCCAGCGGUUCAGCCUCCUCUAUUACUCUGCGUCUCUAGUCUCUACGGCUCUACCCUAGUCCCCUACCCCAGCUAUAUAAAGCAAACAACAGCCCAUCCUUCUUCCUCUUUACUUUCUCUCUGCUAGGGUUUCUACUUCUUAUAUCAAACUGACAGGACUCCCUUUCGCAAAACAUUUGGGGAGGGUUCCGGAUCCGACAAUUGGGAUUGAUUACUGGUGCUGAAAUUAGGGUUUUUUUAAAGAUUGAAUUAAAUUUUUUUUAAAUGGGGACAGAGAGAAAGAGGAAGGUUAGCUUGUUCGACGUGGUUGACGAUAGUAAUUUAAAUCCCGGCAAGCUUUCUAAAACCAACGGUAGUAGUGGCUCAAUAAUUAUGAACAAUGGAACGGUCAAUCCUUCGAUCAAUCGCUGGAAUGGAAGAAUUUAUACUCCGCGGUUUUUCGAAAUUUUGGAAAAGCGAAAAUCUCUUCCUGUUUGGCAGCAAAAAGAGGAGUUUUUACAAGUUCUUAAUAAUAAUCAGAUUCUUAUCUUAGUUGGUGAAACUGGUAGUGGUAAAACUACUCAGAUUCCCCAAUUUGUAAUAGAAGCAGUGGAACUUGAUAGUACUGAUAAACGGAGGAAAAUGAUGGUUGCUUGUACCCAGCCUCGUAGAGUGGCAGCGAUGUCAGUCUCACGAAGAGUUGCAGAGGAAAUGGAUGUGACCCUGGGAGAAGAAGUUGGUUACAGCAUUCGUUUUGAGGACUGUAGUAGUGCAAAAACAGUUCUGAAGUAUCUGACAGAUGGUAUGCUUUUGAGAGAAGCGAUGACAGAUCCGCUCCUGGAAAGGUAUAAAGUUAUAAUUCUGGACGAAGCUCAUGAAAGGACAUUGGCUACAGAUGUGUUAUUUGGGCUUUUAAAGGAAGUUUUGAGGAACAGACCUGACUUAAAGCUGGUUGUUAUGAGUGCUACGCUUGAGGCUGAGAAAUUCCAAGAUUAUUUUAAUGGUGCACCUCUCAUGAAAGUUCCUGGAAGGCUGCAUCCUGUUGAAAUUUUUUACACCCAGGACCCUGAGAGAGACUACCUUGAGGCUGCUAUUCGAACCGUUGUACAAAUACAUAUGUGUGAACCUCCUGGUGAUAUCCUUGUUUUCCUUACUGGAGAGGAGGAGAUUGAGGAUGCUUGCCGUAAAAUUAAUAAAGAAGUGGCAAAUUUGGGUGACCAAGUUGGCCCUGUGAAAGUUGUUCCAUUAUACUCUACCCUUCCUCCUGCUAUGCAGCAGAAAAUAUUUGAAUCUGCUCCACCACCAUUAAAAGAGGAAGGUCCUCCUGGGAGGAAAAUUGUGGUGUCUACCAACAUUGCAGAAACAUCUUUGACAAUUGAUGGUAUAGUUUAUGUGAUUGAUCCAGGAUUUGCCAAACAGAAAGUCUAUAAUCCUCGAGUUCGUGUUGAGUCAUUGUUGGUGUCUCCUAUAUCAAAGGCAAGUGCACAUCAGAGAGCUGGUCGUGCUGGAAGAACACAGCCUGGUAAAUGCUUUAGGCUGUACACAGAAAAAAGUUUCCACAAUGAUCUUCAGCCACAGACAUAUCCAGAAAUACUGCGAUCAAACCUUGCUAAUACCGUACUCACACUGAAGAAAUUGGGCAUUGAUGACCUAGUUCAUUUUGACUUUAUGGACCCUCCAGCUCCGGAAACCCUUAUGAGAGCUUUAGAAGUGCUGAAUUAUCUUGGUGCACUGGAUGAUGAGGGUAAUCUGACUAGGCUUGGAGAGAUCAUGAGCGAAUUUCCGCUGGAUCCUCAGAUGGGAAAGAUGCUAGUUGUUAGCUCUGAGUUCAACUGUUCAAAUGAAAUCCUUUCAAUAUCAGCAAUGCUUUCAGUACCCAAUUGCUUUGUGAGGCCUAGGGAGGCCCAGAAAGCUGCAGAUGAAGCAAAAGCUAGGUUUGGACACAUUGACGGGGAUCACCUCACUUUGUUGAACGUAUAUCAUGCCUACAAGCAGAAUCAGGAGGAUCCAAACUGGUGUUAUGAGAAUUUUGUAAACCAGAGGGCGUUGAAGGCUGCUGAUAAUGUGAGGCAGCAACUUGUGCGCAUUAUGGCCAGAUUCAACCUGAAGUUGUGCAGUACGGAUUUCAAUAGCAGGGACUACUAUGUCAACAUACGGAAAGCAAUGCUAGCAGGUUAUUUUAUGCAAGUAGCGCAUCUGGAAAAAACAGGACACUAUUUGACAGUGAAAGAUAACCAAGUGGUUCACUUGCAUCCUUCAAACUGCCUGGACCAUAAACCAGAGUGGGUUAUAUACAAUGAAUAUGUGUUGACGAGCCGGAAUUUUAUUCGUACUGUUACUGAUAUCCGAGGAGAAUGGCUUGUUGAUAUAGCACCACACUACUAUGAUCUUGCAAACUUCCCCAACUGCGAAGCAAAACGGGUUUUAGAGAGGCUCUACAAGAAGCGUGAGAAGGACAGAGAAGAUAGUAAGAACAGGAGAUAGGACAUGGGCGACUUCAUCACCCUUCACGAGCUUCAAUAAGGCAUUCGAAGGGUGUGGGACCACGCAGCCUAAGGCUACAACAAAAUAUUUCAUGUCCAAUUAUCUUACUAAGUUUAGUAAACUAGUGUUUGACCUAUGAAAUGCAUUUGGUGUGCAACUUUAAAGAAACUACCCAUUUAUGUUUUUUAAAGGUAUGAUCUAUUUGUUAAGCUAGUUUCUGUACUUUUGUUGUGAUGUUAUUUAAUACAAUGAUUUAGGAUAUUGAAAAUUGAGGAACUUUUAAAGACGGUACGAAGACUAAAGAUGAUCCGGAGGGUAAGAGUGGAAAUAUGGAUAUGAAGAUUUAAACUACAGAUUUUUAAUAUCUAAUGGGCUUGACCCUUUUUAAUGGGCAAUCCGUUGAACAACUCUAGUAUAUUGCAAUUUGUACAAUUUUCUAUUAUCAAGUAUUAUUUAAAUUAAAGAAACCAAUCAUUUCGAAGAAAAGAGAAAUACAAUACUCCAUCUUGUCUUGUUGAGAUUUCUACAACGUGACGGGUAGACUCUCAUAUAAAAGUCAAUUGUAUCAAUUUCAAUGAGAUAAAUAAAUAUUUACAGUGCGUUUGUAGCA